ACACCAAACACCGCUCGAUUUUUUACAGGUCUUAACAUUCCAAUUUCGUUUCACAUUCUUGACUUAAUUUUUCACAUUUUAAGUUAGCAAACCAGUGCAAUGGAGACGCAACCGUUGUAAAUACGUUAUAUCGCAUUCGUAUUUAACAAGUUAUUGGCAUACCGUUUUUUUCGGUUUCUUUUCGAAAUGUCUCAUAAAGAACAGGAAAAGUCAGCCACAACAGAUGAAACAAAUUCUCCACCGACAUCCGCUGGCAAGUACAAGUUGGGCGAUGAAGGGUAUCUACUGGACUAUCAUGGUACCAGAGUGCCAUAUCCGUUGUACGAAAGUCUUCCCGUUGUGGAGCAAUUCAAAGCGGAUCCCAAGGAUAUUUGCAUAGCCACAUUCGCAAAAGCAGGGACCAAAUUCAUGUCCGCUGUAGUUUGGAUGAUUAUGCACGACGGUGAUCCGGCUUCGCUGCUAAAGGGUGACAAUCUAGACGGCAAAGUUCCGCAUCUAGAGUUUGCCCUGUCGGGAAUGCCAGCGGAAGCCAUGCCGGCGUAUUGGCUCAAUCAACAAACGCCGCCGCGCAUCUUCUUUACCCAUCUGAGCUUCGAAGCGUUACCCGAGAGUAUCAGAACGAAGGCAAAAAUAAUUUACGUGGCUCGGAAUCCGAAGGAUGUUAUUGUCUCUACGAAUUACUUCUCCCGCUCGCUGACAUUUACCGGAUGUAAUCAUACCAUGGAGGAGACGGUCGAAACUUUCAUCAACAAUACAUGUGCCCAUGCGCCCUUCUUUGACAAUAUCGCGGGAUAUCGGCGUCACUUGUCCGAAAUGCGCAAUUUAUUCUUCACGACGUACGAAGAUAUGCUACAAGAUUUAGAAAGCGUCGUGAAAGAUGUAGCUCGCUUUCUUGGCAAACAACUGGAUGAAGCAAAGAUAGCCAGCAUUCUGCAGCACUGUUCGCUGGAUAAAAUGAAAAACAACAAGCUGACCAAUCAUUCCAAUCUCCACAACGCAGGCCUGAUGGAUUUUAGCGUGUCACCAUUUAUGAGAAAAGGAAUUGUUGGUGAUUGGAAAGACCACUUCACACCGGAACUCAACCAACAAGUAAAUGAAUGGAUUGAACGUGAACAGCGCCGCCUCCGCCAAGACCUGCAGGGAUUUUGUUUCCGCUAUGAUUAGACAAGUACUGUGUACAACGUACGUAGCUGUUUAACGACCGUCACAGUUUCUCUCUUUUCUUUGACGUGGUAAAUCUUCGUUCAACAUGCGACCAACUGAGCUUCCUGGUGGCUGUUUUCGGUUUGAAUAUUUGAAGAUUUCGUCGUUUAAAAAGUGUGAUUUGCGAGCUUGAGCAGAUUGUUAAGCGCCGUAAAACAGAAAACCUUUUUAGAAUUUUUUUGCAUUCGGUGCCGGCUCAUUGCAGACACAAUUAA